AAAGCAGCUAUGCUUCAAAAAGAUCAUAAAAAGCAGCUAGAGUAGAAACACUACUUUUCCCCAUCUCGUCGUCUCCGCUCUCAGUGAAACCCUAAAAACCUAAAAUCCAGAGCUCUGAAGUUCAAUAACCCAAGUUUUUACAAGCUAUGGAUCAGGGGAUUUUCCGUUCUGAGUUGUUUAAGACUGCUUACACUGGAAAUCUCGGUCGCUUCAAGAGGUUGGCUUUGAAACAUGCUGAAGCUCAAGGAAUUGAAGUAGGAAAAGCAAUUGGAAAGCUUGUAGAUGUUGGAGGAAAAGGAUUAGCAAAGCUUUUCAAUGAAGGAGGAAGAGGAUGUCUUCAUUUUGCUGCUGAAGGAGGAAGUUUGAACGUUUGCAAGUACUUGCUUGAGACUUUGAAGGUUGAUGUGGAUUCCGUAGAUGGAAAGGGUUACACACCCUUGUGUCGGGCAAUUGAAAAGGGGCAUUUGGACACAGUUAGAUAUCUUCUUGAAAAGGGUGCCAAUGCUGAUGCGUAUGAUGAUAUUAAUUACACUCCUUUACAAAUUGCUACAAAGUCAGGUGAUACAAAGAUAAUAGCCUCGUUACUCUCUAAGGGUAUACAGCUAGAUGUUGCAAAUAGGGUUGGCACUGCACUUGAGAUGGCUGCUCGUUUGGGUCAUCAAAAUGCUGUUAAGAUGUUGUUGGAUCACGGUGCAAAUCCUAAUGUUGCCAGUCCGGAGCUGUUUAGGCCGCUCAUUUUGGCAAUUUAUGCCAAGUCAUGGGAAUCUGUGGAACUUUUACUACAGGCAGGCGCUGACCCAAAUGCUGUGUCAUGUGGAAGUACACCCCUGAUAGCUGCAGCAAGGGCUGGACGCACAGAUGUUGUCAAGCGCUUACUUGAAGCUGGUGCAGAUCCAAACUAUAAGAUGAAUGCAGGGCUGACAGCAUUAGAAAUGGCCGCUGUUCUCUGCAAUUAUCAAAGUGUUGGGGUUCUUUUUCCUGUGACUUCUCGCAUUCCAACAUAUCCUGAUUGGAGCAUUGCCGGACUAUUGUGUCAUUUAUAUUCUGAUGCAAACAAAAUGCAGAGGAAAGCCCAUGAGAUGGAGAAAUUUCAUCAGGCCAAGUCAAAAGGAAGGGAUGCCUUCCAGGGAGAGCAGUAUCAUAUGGCAGCACAUUGCUAUGCAGAGGCUUUGGAGAUUUCCCCAAAAGAUCCAGCAGUACUAUCCAACCUGAGCGCCUGUUAUGCGCGUCUAGGUGAAGGAAUCAUGGCACAGGACUGUGCUAUGAAAUGCAUUUCUGAAAGGCCUGAAUGGCCUAAGGCACACUAUAGGUUGGGUGUCACAUUCAAUGUACUUAAAAUGUACGGUGAGGCAGCAGAUGCCUUUAAGAAGGGUUUGACGCUUGAUCCGAGAAACAAAGAGCUCAAAGAUGCAUACAGGAAAGCUAUCGAAAAUAAAUUGAACUCUCUCAAAGUGGAAGAAGAUAAUGCUGAGUAAUGCGGAUAUGAAAGAAUCAAAAUGACGAAAAGAUGUACUCACCUGCGAAUUGAUUCUGCAAAUGAAGUAUGCUAAAGUCAUUUGUUGGUGACUGAAUUAUAUAGUAGUUUGUCCAUUUGAGGUAUGUUAUUACUGGAGGUGUUAUUUUGAUCAAACUAACCCCAAAUCAUCAUCUAGCCAGAAGAUGUACUGAUGGAUUGGUUAUCUUUUGACUUCCGAGAAGUCACUUCUGUGUACUUCUAGGUUAGUGCCACUUACCAAGGAGUAGUGAACCUCUUUUCUGGUGCUUCUUAUUUUCUUGUUACUACUGGUUAUAUUUGGUUAUCCUUGAUUAUUAUUAUUAUUAUUAUUAUUAUUAAAUGUCGCUUU